AUGGAGGGUGUCGGGACUACAAGACAAUUGCUCAAGCUGCUUCGGCUCAUGCAGACUGGCGUGGACGUGACAAGUGAUGGCCAGAGCUCGUUGAAAGAGGAUGCGUGUCCCUUGCAGCAAUUGCCCAUGGACAUCGUGGUUGCCGAGAAGGGGGACGUCACGAAGAGUCCCACCGAACUACUCGUCGGCAUGAGGGGUGCAAGGACAUCGACCGUCCUCACGAACCUCAUGGGCAUUUGCAGCAAAGAGCCCAUGGACGCUGCUACGGAGCUGCCUGUUACCUUCCCAGGUGUUUCGUUGCACUACGCACCCCUUGAUGGUGAAUCUUGCCUUCUGAUGGACGACGUUGAUGCGCGCCUCGGUGCAGCACACGUCGGUGGAGGAUGUCAUGAAGGUCGUCAUGUUCUGGCAAGCCAUGCCGAACUGAGUUUCAUAAAGAUCAGCUGGUGUAGGAUCUUGUCUCGUUAUACGGAUCUGAACUUCAUGGAGUGCGACGACAGGUCCCGAAGAAUUACGGUCCAUAGUGCGGACAGGUUGCAGCCCAAGCUCAGUCUCCGCGCCUUGAAGGUGCGCAAGGAGAGGCGCUUUAUUCCUCCUUGGUCGCUUGAGCGUGAGCUUGACGAUUUGGAUAAAGUGGCAAAGAUGCUGCAGCGUCUCGAAGCACGCUCCGAUCCGGACCGUAUGUUGCUAUACCACCACACUUUCGUAAAGAGUGCGAGGAGUACUUUGAGGGAAGAGCUUGCACCCUUUCAUUGCAAAAGAUAUGCGUGCGGCAUCUUCCUAGGGUUGUUAGCAGCGGUUUUCGGAUGGCCGCGUCCACAUUGGGAGGGAUUCGUACAAGUCAAGGAUCUCGGCAGAGGUUGCAAGCUGGUGGCCGCUUUUGACGACUUGGCCGUAGUCAUCGUUGGUCUUCCAGCAAUGAUGAUUCUCGCCUGUGGGGCCUGGUUCUAUCCGAAAAUCGAAGGCAUUUGUUAUUGUGGCCACCAGCUGCAAAGACUUGACUGCAACAAGCUGCAGAGCCACAAGCACGGAGUUGCACAAUUGACCUGGUGGGUCUCGUUGAUAUGGUGCCUGACCGGUGUGCGUUUCCACACUAUAACUAUAGCGGAGCAUGAAGCAUGCGACAAGCCCGACUUCGUCGAUUGGCUCCGAAAUCACCUCCACGAGAAGUUCAGGCUAUCAUACUACACUACCAGGCUGAUGGUUGAUUUCACUGGUUCUGAGGGAGAAUGCCUCAUUUCCGGCACAUGGGCAGAGCUCCAAAGACCGUCUCAAAUUUACGUGCACCAGGCUGUUCCUGAAGACUUCCAAGAGUACAGGGACCUGCUCCACAGCAAUGAAACGAGCAACCUGGAGUUGGCCCUGUGGGCAGGCCAGGAUCCGAACUGCGUGAAUGAGAGGGGCCAGACGGCAGCGUGGAGGGCCAGCCGGAACGGCGACUUGGAGAAGCUUCGUUGUCUGCACAAGGCCAAUGCAGACUUCGACAUAACCGACAAGAGGGGAGCUUCGCCCCUUUUUGCAGCAUCAGACAAGGGCAAUGUGGCGGUGGUACGAUUCUUGCUGGAUUGUGGUGCCCGUGUCAACCUGCAAGGUGGCCCUGAUCAUGGAACGCACGCCGUCGUUACCUUUGCAAGCCCGCUGUACGCUGGUUGCCAGAACUGCAACGACGAGAUCGUGCAACUCUUGUUGGAUGCCCGCGCCGACGUGAAUGAGAGGACAGGAGAUGGGGCAACAGCACUGAUGGUUGCGGCGCAGAACGGGCCCGAGAACCUCUGCAGCCGAGUCCUGGCAGCCUGCGAGACGACGACCAUAAGCCUGGAAGAUCCCAAUGGUUUGACGGCCUUGUACUUUGCCGCCCAGAACGGCCAUGCCGUGAUUGUCGGGAUGCUUUUGAAAGCAGGCGCAUCGACAGAAGUGCGCAGCCAAGACGGAGCCACGCCGUUGUUCAAAGCGGCUCAGAACGGGCACCAGGAGGCUGUCGUACCCUUGCUGCAACACAGGGCCGAUGUUUUUGCAGCGGCGCAUGAUGGCACCACGCCUUUGAUUUUGGCAGCUUACAACGGGCAUGUGGACGUGGUGGACGUCCUGGUGCCAGAGAUCAUAAACAUGGCUGGGGUGAAAGGGCUCAACAUCGGCAUGCGGAGCAGCGGUGCGACAGCGAUGUUCGUGGCUGCACAGGCAGGGAAAGACGGCGUCGUGAGGAAGCUGGGCCUUUACGGGGCCGAUGCGCAGAAAAGCUUGUCGAGUGGGGCCGGUCCGAUUCACAUCGCAGCUCAGCUUGGGCACCUCAAGGUGCUCAAAGAGCUGCUGGACGCCAAGGCAGAUGUGGAAGCACGUGGGCCGGACGGCAUCACGGCACUCUACCUUGCUUCCGCGGGUGAUCAUCUCAAAUCUGUGAAACAUCUCCUAGAGCAGAGGGCGGAUCCGGACACAUGCCUGGACAGCGGGCAUCGGCAGCGUGAAGAAGCUUUCAACCAAGCUGCUUCUGAGUUGGAGGGUUCAUGGCUAUGA